AGAGCGCAUGCGCACUUUACUAGCUGCUAUGGCGGCUGACAGCUGCACGGAUGGCGCCUUCUCCGCGGAGGUUGAGGCGGAGUUCCUCAAGUACCGUUCUCCCCUCGUGUCCCGUUACGCCAGUAAGGAGAUGGCUUACAACUUCAGCGACAAGAAGAAGUUCAGCACCUGGAGGAAGCUGUGGAUUUACCUAGCCAAAGGAGAACAGGCAUUGGGGCUGCCAAUCACUGAUGAACAGAUCCAAGAGAUGGAGGCGAAUGUAGAGAAGAUUGAUUUCAAAUUGGCAGCUGAGGAAGAGAAGCGCCUCCGCCAUGAUGUGAUGGCUCACGUGCACACCUUCACCCACUGCUGCCCUAAAGCGGCCAGCAUUAUCCACCUGGGGGCCACCUCCUGUUAUGUGGGUGACAAUACGGACCUCAUAGUGCUACGUGACGGCUUUAGCAUCUUGCUGCCAAAGCUUGCUCGUGUAAUCCGUCGCCUUGCAGAUUUUGCAGAGAAGUACGCCGAGUUGCCAACCCUUGGCUUCACUCAUUACCAACCCGCUCAGCUAACUACUGUAGGUAAGCGAGCCUGUCUGUGGCUGCAGGACCUGUGCAUGGACAUGAGAAAUCUGCAGCGGGCGAGAGAUGAGCUUCGUUUCAGAGGUGUGAAGGGCACCACUGGCACGCAGGCCAGUUUCCUGCAGCUGUUUGAGGGAAACCACGAAAAGGUGGAGGAGCUAGACAGAAUGGUCACAGAAAUGGCCGGAUUUAAACAAACCUACCUAGUGACUGGGCAGACAUACAGCCGUAAAGUGGACAUUGACUCGCUAUCUGUGCUCUCAAGUUUAGGAGCUACCGUUCACAAGAUCUGCACAGACAUCCGGCUGUUGGCUAACCUUAAAGAAAUUGAAGAGCCUUUUGAGAAGGAUCAGAUUGGCUCCAGUGCCAUGCCGUAUAAACGUAACCCUAUGCGUUCAGAGCGCUGCUGUAGCCUGGCCCGUCACCUCAUGACUUUGGUCAUGGAUCCUCUUCAAACGGCUGCGGUCCAGUGGUUUGAGCGCACGUUAGAUGACAGUGCCAACAGGCGAAUCUCCCUGGCUGAAGCGUUCCUGACUGCAGAUAUUGUACUAAGUACACUGCAGAAUGUAUGUGAAGGCUUAGUCGUCUAUCCCAAGGUUAUUGAGCGGCACAUCCGCCACGAGCUGCCCUUCAUGGCAACAGAGAACAUAAUUAUGGCCAUGGUGAAGACCGGCGGCAACAGACAGGAUUGUCACGAGAAGAUCCGCGUUCUGUCCCAGCAAGCAGCUGCUGUUGUGAAGCAGGAGGGAGGAGACAAUGACCUCAUCUCCCGCAUCAAGGCUGACCCCUAUUUCUCCCCCAUUUUGCCUCAACUGGAUGCACUCUUGGACCCCACCACUUUCACUGGGCGCGCACCCCAGCAGGUCACAAAGUUCUUAUUGCUGGAAGUGCGUCCUCUACUGGCACCAUAUGAAGACAAAAUGAAUGUAAAAGUGGACCUGGAGCUCUGAGACGGUGGCCUUCCACACAUAAGCAGAUUCCCAUUUGACAGAUGUGAGCUGCAAACUGGCCAUACUUGUUUUGUUUUUUCCCCCCAUUAUUCUGUUAAUGACUGGAGGAAUCGAAGCCAAAAAAAUGUUAACUUAUUA